AUGAUCAACCUGCAGAGCAGAAAACAGAGGGGGGGUCAGAACCGGUUCCCGGGUUGUCGGUGCAAAGCCCAGUGCAACACCAAGCAGUGCCCCUGCUACCUGGCGGUGAGGGAGUGCGACCCCGACCUCUGCCUGACCUGCGGCGCCGCGGACCACUGGGACAGCAAGAACGUGUCCUGCAAGAACUGCUCCAUCCAGAGGGGCGCCAAGAAGCAUCUGCUGCUGGCUCCCUCAGACGUGGCCGGGUGGGGCAUCUUCAUCAAGGAGCCGGUCCAGAAGAACGAGUUCAUCUCCGAGUACUGUGGAGAGAUAAUCUCUCAGGAUGAAGCCGACCGCAGAGGGAAGGUCUACGACAAAUACAUGUGCAGCUUCCUAUUCAACCUCAACAACGACUUCGUUGUUGAUGCCACGAGGAAAGGCAACAAGAUCCGCUUCGCCAACCAUUCAGUGAACCCCAACUGCUACGCUAAAGUGAUGAUGGUGAACGGGGAUCACAGGAUAGGAAUCUUUGCUAAGAGAGCCAUCCAGACUGGAGAGGAGCUCUUCUUUGACUACAGGUACAGCCAGGCUGACGCUCUGAAGUACGUUGGCAUCGAGCGGGAGAUGGAGCUCGCCUGACUCAGCCUCCUCCCUCCGGUGGAUCAACGACACAACGGCCUUACACACAAACACAACACACAAACACAACACAACACAACACACCGUCUCUUCAGGAAACCAGACGACUUGUCAAAACGUUUGAAAGCUUCAGGAAAACUGGGAAUAUUUGAAGCUGAAUUCUGAUGCUUUUUAGUUGUUA